AUGUCCAAAGGACUUUCUAGCGAAGAGAUCUUGGAAAUUCUGUACAAUUCUGGUGUCAGUGACGAAGAAAAUGAAUGGGACAUUGAUAAUGAACUGAAUGAAUAUAUGGAACCUCUUGACAAAUACCAUAUCAUAGCAUCAGAUGAAGCUGAUGAUGUAAUAUCAGAAGACACUACACAUUCAUGUGAACAAGUAGAAGAAGAAGAGGAUGAUGAAGAAGAAGAUGAAGACGAAGACACUGGAGAUUUGUUUGUUUCUAGAAGUGGACUACAAUUUUCUAGUGAACCAACAAAAGGCCAUCUUAUGAGAAUGAAAGAAGGUUUAGUGGUUUCAACUAUAUCAAUCGAGAAGUCAUUUGGUAAGAGACCACAUGGGAGACCGAGGACAACAUGGGCAAAUGAAAUUAACACAAUAUGCGAAGGGAAGGGCGUAAACAAUUGGCUGAAAGCAGCACACAAGAUAGAAGCAUUCGGCGGUUACAUGUUGGAUAGGCACGCGAGCUUCGAGUCCCUUAGAAGACAAGAAGAAGAAAAAGAAGAAGAAGAAGAAGAAGAGGAAGAAGAAGAAACCUGUUGA